CCAACGGACUUGUGUACCCUCAGGUUCCCGUGACGAACUUUCAAACAAUAGCUUCAAGAAGCAUGUGCUCCGACUGCUCAACAUCGUGCGUUUUACGCAACAACACCAUGGGGAUUUGCUUGAAAAGUUGUGCAACAUGUAUGUAAAGCAGCCUCUUGGUGGAACUGAUCCACUCAUCGAGUGCCCCUUCCGCAGCUUGGAAGAUUUUAUGGCUUUUGAUGAAAGCCUGGACAAAGAGAAGACUGCGAGUUUGGUUCGCGAGUUCACAGACCUUGGAGGGAGAAAUGCCAGUGCAGCUACAAAGCGUAUUCUUGCAUACACCCAUCAUGAUGACCUGGCCACACUUUUUUCGUGGGUUGGCCGAAAGGGGAAACUUAGUUUCUCUAGUCUGAAGACUACAGCUGCAAUUAUUGUUGCUGCAAGACGGAUGACAGAAGGCAGCACUAACGAUAUUGAAGACACCAUCAAAUCGUGGCUAAGGCAUGCUCCAGAAAGGGCCGGCAGCCAUAAGAAGCCAAGCGCUGAGGUCUGCCUGCCUCAAGAAUAAGUGGAGGCCAUUCCAUUGUAAAGCACUGCAGCUAUGACCUGAAGACUGCACAGGCAUCGGAGGCUGCUUGGUUGUGGGCGUGUGCAUCUGGUGGAACUUUGGGGAUCUGCUGGGCUACGCCAAGGCAUGUUUCGUGGACUAGAGGCAGCUACUCAGGGAUUUUUUUUUAACUUUGCACAGUGCAAUUGCAGAAUUUUUUUUUCAUGCAUUGGAAGGAUUCUGCCUGUCAUCUGCAUUGUCAAAUCACUUGCAAAGUCAUGCUCUUGCUAGGCUCCAUCAAUAUGGUUUUGUGCAGAAUUUGUGUGCGAGAACUUUUUAUUGUUCUUGUUUUUAAUGUCAUGGCAGUCUUCUGUGUUAGUGAAAUUGCUACCAUUGCAAAGCCAUGGUUUUCUGAAAAGCUGUUAUUCUGCUACUGUACAAAACUUGCGUGCGAAAUACUUACAUUAGACGCAAGAUCUUUUUUACCUCAAUAUUUCAGAGUAUUUCUGUUUGUUCUGUAUGUGCAUCUACAUGUCCACCCAUUGUUAGCAUAAACACACCAGUGCAUGGUUCGUGCACAAUGCAGUGCACAAGCGGCAAAAACCACAUGCAUGUGUGAAACGCUAAGGCAGUGUAUUCCGUGGGAUCAUUGCCCAGGUUUCUCUGCACAGAAGCGGUUGGCUUGCCAGGAAUAAAUUCGACUGUUUUGCAGUCUUGCUCAUCUGCCUGAGACCUAUGCUCGCAAGGAGGAUCCUGAAUCCUUUGCUUGUAUCUGUAGGCCACCGUCGUAAGUGGCACAUUCACUGUUGCAUAAAUGCCACGCUUACUGUAGCCCUGCUGUGAAGUGUCCACAAUCUGUCAUCUUUGCAUGGCUGUGAGAAUCCCAGCCAUUUCCUGUUUCUGAGCGCAAGGAAUGAAAAAACUGCGACGCAUGCCUUAGUGGCAAUUUAGAGGAACCCUCAAAAGACCAAAUAAAUAUGUUAGCUUUUUUAUCCUGCAAUUGCAGCUUGGACUGACCCCGACAUAUACGGGCAUCACUGAAGCAUGCUGUGCAUAAGUAUAGCAAACAAGCUGCUCCUGUUGCAUUAUGCUAGUGUCGUGUUCUAACGUGCUCUAUCUGUGAAAUGAACACAUACUGGCCUAUUGUGUGAUAACGUCACUGUGGUGUACUAUUGUGGAAACACAUGCUGGUGUGUUCAUGCUACCAGUGGGCUAACCCUUGGACCUUACUGGAAAUAGUAAAGGCCAGCCACUCAUUGCAAAAAAUGCUGGACAGGCCUUUCCCUCUUGUCUUUUUGUGUGCUUGAUGGGCUGAGAAUCGCCUCCAUUGCAAAGACAUGCUUUUGUAAGAUGCUAUUAUUUUUCCUUUGUCCAAAGCACUUUUUGUCACUGGAUCUUGAGGGUUUUUCUAACCUCUGCCUUUAUUAUGCAUGUUGCUGCCUCUGCAAAGCUACCCCUUCGUGAGACCAAUAUUGUGCCUGUGUAAAAUAACUUGUGAGAGCUUUUUACUUUAUAUAAUUUUUAUGUCAUGGAAGAUUCCUUUUAUAUUGCUGCUGCUGUAAAGCCAUACUUGUGGGACUAUUGUUGCGCAUAUGUAUAGACUUUUGUGCAAGAUACUUUUAGCAAGACAAAAUUUUUUUUUAAUGUUUUGGUCAUCUGUGUCCUAUACUAUGAGCAUCUUGCUUAUAAAAGCAAGGAUGCGCUUUAUUGAAGUGCUCUUAGUGUGUUUUAGUACAGAACUUUUGUGCAAGAUACUUUUAUGAUAUAUUUUGUAUUAUGGGAGGAUUCUAGUCACUUUCGUGCAUAUGUAAGUUGCUUCCAGUGAAGUGUCAUUGUUCUUUGUACAAAAGAACUUUUCUGUGAAGUCUGAUGGGUACGUCUACAGUUUUACAAGGUAGAAGUGCUACCACAGUCUAUAUGCAAGUUUAACAUCUAGUCAUUGAGCCAAUGAAACAGCCAGUUUGUUUUUGCAUCAUGUGCAUUGCUGUUGUUGCGAAGAUGCCAUUAUGUGCCUUUUUGCAAGAAAAUGUGUGCAUAGUCAUUGUGCCAGAUAUUUCUUGUUCUCUUGUACUGUUUGUUUAGUUAUAUUUGUGAUAUCACAGUUCAGGUACCAAUGCAGUCAGUUUAUUCUAGUCUUUUUCCUUUAUAAAGUGUAUGUACAUCACUGCAUUAAGUUGACAAUUAGAAUUUUUCUGUGUUAAGGUCACUUCAAGAAUCUUUAGUUCUCUUCUGUGCCCCUGUACUGAUCUUGUCAAUGUUAACAUAUACUCCUGCUGGCAUCUUUUGUGAUUUUCAAUUUCUUGUGGGUCCUUAUGGGCAUUUCUUUAAUGUGUUCAGGCACAGGUUAUGUUUUGCUGUGCCAAGCACACAGGCAUGUUCUUACAGUAUGCUUUUUAAAUAAAGAUCCAAUGUUUCUGCA